CCCCCUUUUGAACCGGAGAUGGGGGAAUCUCCAGAUCAGGACAUUGAGAUCCUCAUUAAGGAGAUGGACUACAUCCCGGGCCACUUCCACCUGGAACUGAAUUUGAACUCCGAGCUGGAGCAACCGGAGCGGCUGCGGCGGAGGGACGGGCAGCUGAAGCGGGAGAGCCUGAGGCAGGAGAUGCCGCAUCCAGCCCAGCGCUUCGCCCAUCGCAACCUGCUCGGCGUCUUCGCUUUCCACCUGGACGAGUACCAAGCGGCCGAGGAGCUCUUCUCCAGCGUUUGCCAAGAGGAACCGGGCAAUCUCAAUGCUUGGGCCAACCUGGCCUACGUGUAUGACCGGCUGGAGAGGGAAGGGCUGGCGGCCAGCUGCGUGGAGCGGCUGUCUCGGCUUAUGGGGCUGAAGCGGGGCGAAGAGGGCGAAGAGGGCGAGGACUCCGAGUCCUUGCUCCCGCUCCGCGCCGCCCGCUGCAUAGCCGAACACGCCUUCGCCAGCGCGUUCGACGUGGGACUGCAGAGCGAGGAAGAUCACGCCUGCAAAUUGCGCACAGCCAUCAGGCUCUACGACAAAGCUUUGACAUACGGCAGGGACCAGAUACCCUCAGAGGAAAAAAGGAGUUGGUAUUUCACAAUGGCCACCAUGUACAUUAGACUGGAUGGAAUGUUAAUGAACAAGGAAACACCUGCUCAGAGACGCCUGCUGCCUUUCAGUAGAGCUUUGGUGUUACUGCGGGAAGUGCUCGAGUCUGACAGUGCUGAAUAUCGAGCUCUUGCUUGGUGCUACCUGGGAAUGAUGUUGAAGCAGGAGGACUCGUUCCCUGUGACUCCAAUGGCAAUCCAUGAUUGUGGCUUUUCUGGGACUGAUCCGCUCAGCUGUUAUGGACAGGCUAUUGAAACAGCAAAAACAGAUCCACUUACUUUGAACCGGCUUGCCAAAGUUUUUCAUUUCCUUGGGAAACAGGACAUGGCAAUUGGGAUCUGUAACAUGAGCCUCAAUAUUGUUCCAGACCCAAAAUCUAACUGGCAAGCUUACAGCACUAGAGCGAAGGUGUCUAUAAAACAAUAUAUUCAUGACCUCGAGCGUGUUAAGAUGGGUCAGAGUGGUGUGCCAAACAGACAGCUGCUAUCCAGAGCAAAAACUGAUUUGGAUUUAAUAUUGCUUGUCUGCCCCUGUCUGAAAAUUUACCUGGAUAUGGGACAGGUAUAUUACUACAUGGGUGUCGAUGCCGUGCAGGAACUCCAGCCUGUGGAUGAAAAUGCUCUAAACAGUGCCUUAAUGUUUUUUGCUAAAGCAAUGGAAUAUGACCUUGGAGACACUCUGCCUGAGAUCCACUUCCUGAGAGGAAAAUGCUUACAGGUCAAAGAAUUAUCUAUCAGAUUUCUAAUGGAGGUGGCAAUAUAUUCUUCAGUGGGAUUGUUCAAGAACCUCGCCCGUGGUUUCCUGUAUUCGCAGAGGUCGCAUUUUCACCAAUGCAGGUCAAAACGCCUACUGUUAUCUCGCCUCUUUCAGCCUUUGAACCUGCAAGAGGACAGAAUGGUUGGAGUUGGUCGGUCAGGUGAGCUCACUUGCAAGAGCCAGCGACUGAUGCUUCAGGCAGGCCUCAUCCAGCCAGCGAACCCGGGCUGCUUUCACUAUCUGCCGUAUACAGUCCGUGCCAUGGAGAAACUUAUCAGCCUGAUCGAUGAGGAAAUGCAGUCCAUUGGGGGCCAGAAAGUGAACAUGCCCAGCCUCACCUCUGCGAACCUGUGGAAGGCCAGUGGACGCUGGGACCUCCUGGGGAAGGAACUAUUCAGACUAAAGGACAGGCACAACAUGGACUAUUGCUUAAGUCCGACACAUGAGGAAGCUGUGACUGAGCUUGUGGCCACGCAGGGGAACCUUUCAUACAAACAACUGCCACUGCUGCUAUACCAAGUGACAAGGAAGUUCCGAGAUGAGCCUAAGCCGCGUUUUGGUUUGCUCCGAGGAAGGGAGUUCUAUAUGAAAGACAUGUACACGUUUGACGUCUCAGAGGGAGCGGCCAAGGAAACUUACGAACUUGUGUCUGGUGCUUAUGGGCGCAUAUUUGAUCGGUUGGGUUUGCAGUUCGUGAAGGUACAGGCAGACACUGGCAGUAUUGGUGGUAAGCUGUCACACGAGUUUCAGCUGCCAGCAGAGAUUGGGGAAGAUCGCCUUCUGAUGUGCUCAGACUGCCAUUUUGCGGCGAAUGUGGAAACAAUGAAGAUGGUAGAAUCAAAGUGCCCACAGUGCGAUGGUAAACUGAUAGAAAGCAGAGGCAUUGAGGUGGGACACACCUUUUACCUUGGGACCAAGUAUUCACAGGUGUUUGGUGCUUCAUAUUCUAACACUGAGAACAAGCCCAUCCUGUCAGAGAUGGGCUGCUUUGGUCUUGGGAUCACACGCAUACUGGCUGCAGCAAUAGAGGUUUUGUCCACUGAAAAUGACAUUCGGUGGCCCGAUCUCCUGGCCCCUUAUCAGGUUUGUCUCAUUUCCCCUAAGAAAGGCAGCAAGGAGGAGCUGAAUUUGCACCAGUUAGAGUCGCUUUAUGAGAAUCUGAUGGACGUUGUCCCCCAACUUCGUGGAGAGGUACUGUUGGAUGACCGCAGUCACUUGACCAUUGGCAGGAGAUUGAAAGAUGCCAGCCGCCUGGGUUAUCCAUAUGUUGUCAUUGCAGGGAAGAGGAUUUUGGAAGACCCUGCUGUUUUUGAGGUUAACUGCCAAAAUAAUGGAACGACAGUGUUUCUCACACAAGAAGGUGUGUUGGAUUUUCUGAAAAAUGUGCAAGUGGCUUAAUGUUUUAAAUUAAUCUUAAGUCAAACAUACAGGUGAAAAGGUCCUGAUUUUCUACACUGAAUCCUUGUAACCCUGUCUUUUUGUAAUAUGCAGAAAACAAUCAUGUAAAAUACACCAAUAUAUCAGGUAGAAUUAGAUGUAGAUAGAGAAUAAACAAAAUGUUUUCAUUUGAUUACAUCCCUCUCACUGAGAAUCAAUGUAUUAUGCUGGGAAUUCCAGUACAGCUAUUGAAACUUCUGGUUAAGAUGGCAGUACCAAACGCAUGCGGUGGCUCGCUGGUAGUUAAAAAGUUAAGAAAUUGGACUAAAAACGUCUGCAGAAUUGUUGCAGAUGAAGUUCCAAUGCCCGUACAACGGGCCUGGGUGUGAGGUUGGAUCACUCUGGGCGUCGAGCUGACUUGAAGAGCGUGAGAGCGGCUUUGGGCUGGGCGGUGAAACCUGGGCCCAGGGUAAGUCGCUGGGCAGCGUGUUUCAGGCCCUGAGUCCUUCACAGUAGCUGGGUCCUAGUGUGAGGUACGGACCACUGUUUAGACAGUUUAAAUACCGGCCCAGAUCGGAGGUGAGAUCCAAUGUUUCUCUCUGUCUCUCUGUCCGCAAUGUUCACUACUCUCUUCAAGGCGCAUAAGCCUUUCGCUGUUCAGUUCUUUUAAACGCCAGCCCAGAAAGACUGAAAAGAUGGGGUGUCCGGAUCCAAGGCGAGAGCCGAUUUUGCUCCUUCUCCAAGUUGAUCACUCCUCUCUCCAGGGCGUUGAGGCUAUGAAGACUGCCCUGGCUGCUGUGCUCCGUGCCUGCUAAUAAAUGAGGCUUUGGGCGUACUUCAGGGUUCGGAUCUGACGGUUCAGAACGUUGUAGUUGGCUUCAAUUGUUUGCAUGGUUUUGUUGUUUUUUUUUCUUUUUCUUGCGCAUCGGGUGCUGGUCUUUUAUUUUUUAUUCUUUUUGUGGCUACCUGUGAG